AUGGUGUCAAUCGAUGACAGCACCGGAAUGGAUGCCAAACAAUCCCCCGUCCUGACCGAGGGCAAACGGGCUGCUAAGAAGGAGCAGUCCAUGACCCUUUGGCAGGCCCUUCGACUAUACCCGAAAGCCGUCGGUUGGUCAGUGUUGCUCUCAUCCACCUUGAUUAUGGAAGGAUACGAUCUCGCGCUACUGAGCUCAAUGUACGCAUCGCCUGCUUUCAACCAAAAGUUCGGAGUGGAGACAGCUCCGGGAAAAUGGGCUGUUCCAGCAUCCUGGCAAUCCGGCCUUUCCAACGGCGCACGCUGCGGUGAAGUCAUCGGACUUCUGAUCAACGGUCUGGUCUCCGAACGUCUGGGAUAUCGGCGGACAAUGAUCUGUUCCCUGGUCGCGAUCACAGCGGUCAUCUUUAUCUUUUUCUUCGCCGUUAAUGUGCAAAUGUUGCUGGCAGCGGAGAUUCUCGCAGGUAUCCCGUGGGGUAUCUUUCAGACUUUACCGGCUGCCUAUGCCUCCGAAGUCUGUCCGGUCGUCCUGCGGCCAUACCUAACAACAUUUAUCAACAUGUGCUGGGUGUUUGGCCAAUUCGUGGCUGUUGGCGUCAACCGCGGCUCGAUCUCCCGCGAUGAUCAAUGGGCCUGGCGCAUUCCAUUUGGUGUGCAGUGGGUGUGGCCUAUUCCAAUCAUGAUCGGUUGUCUGUUUGCACCCGAGUCGCCUUGGUGGCAUGUGCGCCAGGGUAAUGUACAAGGAGCGCGACGAGCGCUACAGCGCUUGACGUCGUCUCAUGACCCCAACUUCGACCCCGAUGAAACGAUUGCCAUGAUUCAACAUACAAAUGAGCUGGAGAAGUCACUUUCUAGUGGAACCACAUACUGGGAUUGCUUCAAGGGAACGAAUCUUCGUCGAACAGAGGUGGUCUGUGUCGUCUGGUUAGUGCAGACUCUGUGCGGUCAGAACCUGAUGGGGUACUUUGCCUACUUUUGCGUCCAGGCUGGUUUACCUACUGUGCAAUCCUUCAAUCUGUCUCUAGGACAAUAUGGCCUGGGCGUCAUAGGUACAAUUGGAUCAUGGUUCUUGAUGACCUAUGCAGGCCGGCGAACCAUCCACGUCUCAGGUCUUGCUUGUCUAUUCCUACUCCUCAUCAUCACGGGCUCUUUGUCCUUUGCUCCGGGAGACAACAACUCAGCAAAGUGGGCCAUCGGAGUGAUGCUCAUUAUUUUCACAUUUUGCUAUGACUUCACUGUCGGCCCGAUCACAUACUCCCUCGUCACUGAGCUAUCAUCAACGCGCCUCAAGGCGAAGACUAUCGUUCUCGCGCGCUCUCUGUACAAUAUUAGCAACAUUGUCGUCAACAUUCUGACCAACUACCAGCUCAACUCCACGGCUUGGAACUGGGGUGCACGGUGCGCAUACUUCUGGGCUGGAACAUGUCUCGCCUCGUUGGUUUGGGCAUUCUUCCGUCUUCCUGAGCCGAAGGGCCGCACGUACGAGGAACUGGAUCUGCUCUUUGAGCGUGGGGUUCCGGCUCGAAAAUUCGCAACAACAAUGGUGGAUCCAUACGAGGGAGACGCUACGGAAGUGCAUGAGGCGCAUGUAGACAAGGAUUAA